CGUCGUCGUCGUUGUCAACAUUAUCCUCGCUAGCGUCGGUCAGCGACGGCUCACAAGUGUUUAGUAGGUUUUGAAACGUGGAACGGCGCUGUUGCAUACGCGGCAAAAUCGUUGUGGCGACAUAAAACGAGGAAAAGCAGGCCGAUUUCGUGCGAAUAAAAAAUACGUCGGAAAGGCAUAUUAUUGAAAAAAGCCAAAACAACACAAAAAAAGUAAAAGCACCAAAUACGACCGUGACGCGAACGUGAGGAAACAGCAGCAGCAGCAAACAAAAAAAAAAUAGACACACAAUACGAGCACUUCGCGUAUUCGCGUGUUCGCUCAACCAAACAUAGUCGUACAAUUGUACUGCUUUCGAAACGUUUAACCUAAUUAAUUGUAGUUAGAUAAUAUCCCUCAUUAAUGUGUAAUUUACGCGCGGAUAGCCAGUGACAUACAUACGCAAUGCGUUGGCAGCAUAUUUAGUUUCAAGUUAUAUAUAUGUGAGUUUGUUUGCUAUUUGUGUGAAAAUGAUAAUAUAAAAGCGAAGUGCUACAAUCACAGGCAGUUAAACGCCUGUAAGUAGACUAAUAAAAUGAGAAAUACACUUAACAUCGACCCGCGCCGCAUAAAACAACAGAGCGAUUUAGCACAGCAACGCUAUCGCUAAAGAUGCUGUAGUUGAUGUCGAGAUUGAAUACUAUCCGCCCUAUUAGCGUCGCUUUUGCAGCUGCCAACGUGAUAUAAGAUAUACUCACUUACAUAUAAAAUGGCAGUUUGGAGAGCUGUGCAAAAAUAAGGAAGGAAACAAAAACGGAGCAAAAAAAUAAAGUAGAAAGGAAAUGCAUUGAGAUAAGAGAAGCAACAACGCUCCACCGUAGCAAUAAAAUAGCGAGUCACUUUAGACCACCAACAACACAAAACGCACAACGAGAAGACAAAGCGCUCGAAGUUCUUAAGCUGAGCAGUCAGGCCAAGCAGCAGUCAGUGCGCCGCCAAACAGCAGCCAAGCCAGCCAGCCAGUCGGUUGGUGUGUCAGUUGGCGAGCGAAAGUCAUCAGUCAGCCAGCCGGAAGAGUCAGUCAGUCGUCAAAAAAUAAUAGUCAGCCGACACGUCAAAGGCAAUUCAAAAGAUAUUGCAUGUGAAGAAUAUCUCCAGCUGACUGCGUUAACUGACGUUACACCGACAAGUGUUGUGAAUAGCGAGCGUGUGAGCUUGCAGCACCUUUCGCUCAGUCCGAAAAUUCCAACAUACAAGGCAAUGAACUUGCUGAAGCAGCUACUUGACGGUUGUUACGUGUUGUGUGGCUUCAGUUUCUUGAUUUUCCUAUAUUUACCGCUCAUGCUGGCGAUGCCGGAACAAACACGUCUGGCGAAUGAUUUCGAUUAUCGGUUGCAGCGUGCGAAACAUGUGUUGCGCGAGUCGCCACUCAUUGAUGGACACAACGAUUUGGCAUGGAAUAUACGGAAAUUUUUGAAAAAUCGUCUGCAAGAUUUCCCAUUUGCCGGAGAUUUGCGUGAGGUGUUGCCAUGGUCGGCGAGCGCUUGGAGUCACACCGAUUUACCGCGCUUGAAAGAGGGCAUGGUGUCGGCACAGUUUUGGUCGGCAUAUGUACCGUGCUCUUCCCAGCAUAUGGACGCCGUACAGUUGACACUGGAACAAAUAGACUUAAUCCGACGUCUGGUGAAUUUGUAUUCAAAUCAAAUGACUUUCGUCACAGAUGCUUCAGGAAUUGAAGAAGUGCACAAAAGUGGAAAAAUUGCCAGCCUGAUUGGGGUGGAGGGUGGUCACUCGAUUGGCACCAGCCUCAGCGUUUUACGUAUGUUCUAUCAGCUUGGUGCGCGCUAUUUGACACUGACGCACACCUGCAAUACGCCAUGGGCGGACUGCUGUAAAGUUGACGAGCCGGGAAAAUAUCCACAUAUUGGGGGACUCUCCAAAUUCGGCAAGUUGGUGGUGCAUGAAAUGAAUCGACUGGGCAUGAUUGUCGACCUGUCCCACGUCUCGGUGCCCACAAUGUUGGACGCGUUGAGCACUUCGAAGGCGCCUGUGAUAUUCUCGCAUUCCUCCGCGCAUGCCAUAUGCAACAGUUCGCGUAAUGUGCCAGAUCAUGUCCUGCAGAAAAUUGCAGUCAACGGCGGUCUGGUGAUGGUCGCAUUCUAUCCACAUUUUCUUAGCUGCUCGAGUCAGGCGACACUCGAGGAUGUUAUUGUGCAUAUAAAUCACAUAAGAGAAGUUGCCGGUGUGGAUCAUGUCGGCAUUGGUGCGGGUUAUGAUGGUGUCAACCUCGUUCCCAAAGGACUUGAAGACGUUUCGAAGUAUCCACAUCUAUUUGCAACACUGCUAGAGUCUGAUAAAUGGACCGAGGCGGAUAUAGCGAAAGUGGCUGGGAAGAAUUUAAUACGCGUAUUCAAAGAAGUUGAAGCGGUACGCGAUCGCAUGGAGCAGAAAAAAGUUCCGCCUGUCGAUCAAACUAUACCACCCGAGGAUAUAAUGGGAAGAUCAUACUGCCGUUACCAAGGACCACGAACGUGAUUACCUUACUAAGCAAAAGUGUUAGAGCCAAAGCCAUACGUAGUUGAAGAACGAGAGAGUGACAUAGAGAGAAUGAGCGAAUGGAUGUGAGAAUAACGCGCCACAACAAAACAACUUAAACAAGUAAUCACUAAUUAAAUUAACUACAUGUGUUGGCAACAAAUUGUAAAACCGAACGAAUUUCAUAAAUUCAAUGUACUCGUAUUUCUUUCGCUGCGCACACAAACUUACAAAAAACAAAGCAAAAAAAAAAAAAAUGUAAAAGAAAAUUGUACGAAUGUUAAAUUACGAAUUAAAUAUCUACGAAGUAUUAAUACGUUUACGAAUAAAAAUAUAAACAGCAGUAAACUACACAAAAAGCAAAAACAAACAUAAAUAACGGUGAGCACAAAUUACAAAUUGUAGUUAUGGUAUAUAAUAAGCGUGUAAGUAUAUGUUUGUGUAAAGCAAAAAAACAAAAUUAAUUUUAAUAAAAAUAUUUUUCAAUAAAUCUUUAUCAAUGUAAUGUUUAAAAAAUUUAUAAAUAAGAAAAUGAUGCGUAAAUAUGUAUACUACUUGUAAGUAAAUUACUUUAAAUACAUAUACAUAUACAUAUGUAUGUACAUGUACAUAUAUUAUAUAUAUAAACAUAUAUCUACUACUUAAAUAGCUUUUGUCAAACAGAUUAAAUGCGAAAAUUUUGCGAAUUUUUAAUUGGUAGCUCAUAAUUUUGUUAGUAAUGGUAAUGAUAAUGAAUUACAUAACGGUGCAGACGUAUUUCUUGCAAUUAGAAUAAAUUACAGCAUACAAAUGUAAAUAUGUUUGGAAAUGAAAGAGUCCUCUUAUUAAACUCGGUUAAACGUUGUCUCUUUUGUUUUAAUUUUGACAGACUUGGAGAUGACCGGAUUAAGUAUACUGUGCUAUAUAAGUUGGAAAUGUGUUUUUUUUUUUUGGUUUAAUAAUUUAUAUAUAUAUAUAAUAUACCGAUUUUCAAGUAACUCGUUUGGAGAUGAGAGGGCGAAAUCGACUAUUCGAGAUCUUCAACGGUUGACCAAAGAUAAUUGAGUGAGUUUUAAAUAUUUGGUACAUGUAAACAUGAUAAAUUAAUAUAUUUCAUACAAAUAUUGACUAAUAGUAUUUUUUGCCACUUUGUUAAGAUACAUUUACCUCUUACUACAAGUCAAAAUCGAUAAAAAAAUAUGUUUAUCGCUAACUGGAAAACAUCUCUAGUUUAGACUUUGUACACACACUUCUCGAGCUAAUAAGCAUUAAUUAACAAUUGCCGCUUACUACAAGUCAAAAUCAAUUAAAAUCAAUAAAAAUUAUAUUUAUCGUUGAUUGGAAAACAUCUAUAUUUCAGUGGAAAGAGACCUUAAAGUCCCACUUCUCGAGCUAAUAAACAUUAAUUAACAUUUGCCGCUUGCUACAAGUCAAAAUCGAUUAAAAUCGAUAAUUAUGAUGUUACCUAAUAGAUUUUAAAGGCGUAUAUAUAAUUAAAAAAAAAAAAAAACACGUGUCAGAAAAGUUUGAACUGCCGUUCGCUAUGAUCAGCAGAAAAUAUCUUUAAUAUUUUUGAGUUUUAAUGCUCUACCGCUGCUAAGUUUUUUAUAAUUGUCGAAUAAAAAUCGGAGCAUAGGAUCGAUCGAUAUGAUUUCCAAUGAUUUACACUAUGACUUUGUUUCUAAUUUUUAAAAAUGUAUUUGCUAAAAUAAAUUCAACGUUUUUUAUAAAUUUUGGUAAACAAUUUAUUAAUAUGUUCAUCGAUUAUUUAUUUAUCGUGAAUUUUAACUUAAUAAUCGUAAUUAUAUUGUAGUAAUCCAUAAUUUAUUUGUUUAAUAAACUUCAACGUAAUAUUUCACGACUUUUCAUUUGUCGAUAAUUUUGACUUAAGAAUCUUAAUUAUUGUUAUCGAUAAUUCAUUUGCUUAGUAAAUUUUAACUUAAUUAUUAAAUAUUAUGGUACAACUUUUUAAUAAAUCUUGUUAUAACGUUUCAUUUAUCGACAAUUUUGACUUAUUCAUCGUAAUUACAGUAAACGAUAAUUUAUAACUUUAAUUAAAAUAAUUAGUAUAUUUUUCAACGGUUAUCGUUAUAUACCGAAAAUUGUCAUAAUAUUUUAGUUGUAUCCAUAACUGAUAAAUAAAAGCAAAUAUUGAAUCAUAAUUUUUACAGGAAUAUUAAUAAGAAUUAAGCGAUAAAUUUUGCAUAUUAAAAUCAGAUACUGAAAGAUAUAUUUUUUACAACCGGAUAUUUAGGCGAAUAAAUUUACUGCUAAAUAAUCCAAGUAUUUACCAGUUCGGCUGAGUAAUCUUCAUAUUACAUUUUCAACCACUUGAAAAAUAGGUUUAUAAAAAAAAAUGACUGGUAUGAAAAAUUUUGCCAGCAGAGAGUUUCUCGAUUGCCCGAUGUUUUGGAAAAAAAUACCAAACUUUAUAGAAGAACAUGUGAGAUAUUUUCAUUUAGGAUUUCACGGAAAAUUUGGUUAAAUUAAAAAAAAAAAACAGAAACUAGAAGUUUAUCGAUAAAUAAUAAUUUGCAUAAAACUGCUGUAAAAUAUGUUUUAUAUGUUUUAUUUAUAAUCGAUUAAGGUCAAAUCUCAAGAGAAGUUUAUACGUGAUAAAAGAUAUUUCAAUAACUUUUGUCUUGGUAUCGAUAAAACUGCCUCCAUAAAACGAUUAAAAUGUUAUCGAUACAAAUAAAUGUCAAUAAAUGAAUUAUAGCAGGAUUUUUGUUAUCAAAAUCAUUAAUUGUGAUUAUUCAUUUCUACUUCAACUUCCAUAGUCUCAAAGUGCUUUCUUCUAAUGUUCCAACCAUACACAUUUUUAUGCAUGUAUGUAAAUAUGUCACAUUUGUAACUUUAACGUUAUAAAAAACCUAACAUUACAUACAUAUAACAUAUAUAUAUAUGUAUUUAUGUUUAAGCGUCUGCAUGUUAAACUUUCACCUCUGCGUCAAUUCAUUUUUAUUGAUUUUCCCAAUUAUUUUUGGUUCAUAAUGAAACCAACUGCCAUUAUGUGGUGACAUAUGUGGUUAUUUUUUAUGCACAUAUGUAUAUACUGUAGCAUAUAUAAAUAUGUAUGAAUAUAUAUACAUUAAGGUGGAUUUACCGAUUUAUAAUGAUCUUUUUUCAUUGAGUUAUAAAAUUCAAAAUAAAAAAGAAGUUUGUCUUCAAGCGUUAAUAUCUUUUAAGCGCUUAAUUUUUUCAAAAAAGUCGUACAAGAUUUUCUUGUAGAGCACUUAAUUUCCUACAAAAUCUAUGAAACGAGUUUUUUUCGCAAAUAGUUGAAAGCGAGAUUUGAAUUUUUCUAUCUGAUAAUAAAAAAAAGAGAGAAAACUGUAAGACGGAGGACGUGCCUGUUACUGCUAAGAGCUCAUACUUCGACAGACUUUCUUAGAGGUGUCUAAGGACCUAUUUUUCGGAGUACCAAGCGAAAAAAAGUGUUCGUUUUUUGACCCACCCUAAUAUGUACAUAUGUAUAUACCUAUGUAUUGUAUAUGUUCCAUAUAUAUAUACCUAUGUAUAUAUAUACUAAAAAUGUUCCGACAUGUAUCAUUAAUAAACGGUGUCAUAAAUUACGGUAUUUUAUUAUUAUUGUUUUUGUUAUUGUUGUUUUCUGUUUGACAAAUUAUACCGCUUUCACGUCUUCAAUUAUGGCGCUCAACUAAACUGAAUACACUAAAUUUACUGGAACUAAAUUCAACCACAAAUGCAAGCAGAUUAAGCGCGCCUAAGCGUCUGUAUAUAUAGUGCUAUAUAUAUAUAUAUGGAUUAUUGGUAAAUUAGCAUUUAGGUGUAAUUAGUGAUUAAUAAAAUAGAAAAUUUAAUUUAUCAGAAAAAUCGUAUAUACAUACAUACAUACAUAUGUCUAUGUAUACAUAAAUCAAAAGUGAUAAAUGUGUAUUAUAUAGUAAUAAAUAGUUAUUGAAUGUACAAUAAAUACUUAUGUACAGUUAAGCUCAAAUAGCUAAUAAAUAUUUUCUCGAGGCCACAAUUACAUAUACAAAACUGUAUAUAUUAUAUAUAUGAAUAGUGAUUAGAUAUUAAAUAAAUAUGUAAGUGCUAGGUGUUAUAGCCAUGUCAGUGCAUAUGUACGUACACACAUAUAUAUAAAUAUAUGUAAAAAGGAUUACAGGACUACUUAAGCGAAAGCUAAAUAUGUACUUACUUUAAUAUUUAAUUAAAUAAUUAACAAAUAAGCUGCAGUUAAAUACAUAAACAUAAAUGGGCACACAAACAACAAACAACUGUUUACCAUCAUACAUAUGUACAUACCGCAGACACAUUAAUUAUACCGUUAAAAUUAAUCAUAACAUUUAGCAGGCAAUAAGCUUGCGAUUACUUUAGGACUUUACACACAGUUUUGUUAAAAAUAGUUCUGAAUGUUGGCAGGACCAUUUGAUAACCUUAAGCCCCUUGCACUGAAAAAUAUUCAAAUAUUUUACUUAUAACGUUUGCCAAAUUUCUUUGUCAUUAUGUGAUGAUGAAUGAUUUCCAAUGAUUUCCUCUGUCCAUAAAGCACAUCAAACACUGACUUUUUGAGGAUGUAAUGGCUUGUGAAUUACAUCAGUACUUCAAAUGCGAUAAUUUUGUUUAUUAACAUAUCCUUUACACUAAAAGUGAGUUUCACCAUUCGGCCAUUCGAUGCCUUUGAUGCUCGUUCGUCUUCUUCUUGCACAAGUUCGAUUCUGUAAGUCCACAAACCAAGAUCCUUCCGCAAAAUCUUCGAUUAAGUGGAUGGACACAGUUUUAAUUGUCAGAAAUAAUAUACGCUGUCAGAUGCUUACGCGAUCGACGAAAAAGUCGUAUACGAAAUCGAAAAUCAAAAAACAAGUUUUUUGUCAAAGGCCGAUCUUUAAAACUUUUGCUGCUGUAUGAAUAUUAGUUAAAUUAUGAUAGGAUAUAGUAUUAUGGGACAAAUAAGAUCAAAUAUAUUCGAUUCUCUUUUAUUUCAAUCUGGAUAACGAUUUGGAGUUGAAAGGUUGGUUAGAUAUCAACCUAAAUUGGAUUUGAAAACUUUAAUUACCUAAAUUAUAUUGCUUCCAUCUUCAUCAAAUUUUAUAAAUAUUUCCUGUAACUGUUAAAAAAAGACACUGAGUCUCAUAUAUAUGUACACCAGUCAUUUAUAAUGGUAAGACUGAAUUACAGUUUUCAGAAUUACUUUAAAACUAAAUACAAAUCAUGAUACACUAAAGAAGAAAUAUGACCGGGAUUGGUCCAUUUAAACUGCGCGCGCAAACCGAUAAAAAAUAGUGUUUCUAGAUUAGUACAGCCUUUUUUAUGUUUGUGCGAAGUUCGUUCUCCAUCGUAUGUUAUUGAACAUGUGUUUGGCAGCUUUUUGUUUACAACGCGAAAGGGUUGUUUAGCAACUUUUACCAUGAACAAACAAAUUUAACAACCAGCUUGCUAGAAACUUUGUGUUUCUAAGGAAAUCACGGUUGAAAAUGUUAAGAAGUGUUUUAGGGAGUCUACUAUAUCACGAACACAAGUAUUUAAGUGUUACAAAGCAUUUAGUGAUGAUUGUGAAAUCACCGAAGACAUGCCUCAUGCGAAUCGUCCAUUAACUUUUGUGAUUGACGAUGACUUCGAAAAAAUGCAAAAAAACAAUGCUUGAAAAUCGUGAUAUUGAAAUCAGAGUGUUAGCCAAAGAUCAGAACAUCUCUUAAGGUUCAACUCAACCAUUUUGGUUUGAUGUUUAGACUUACUUUUCUUUUUCUUUCAACAUAAUUUGUUUUAGUCCAAUAUUUAUUUGCUUUCAAUAUUUGCAACAUAAAUGCAAUUUUUAUUCAUUCCAUCUCCGCUUGUUGGUUCACUAUUCGCUGCAAAGUGUUUUAUUCUUUUUCCUUCCCCUUCUAUUAGCAACCCGUUCACGUUCUAGCUCUCUCUGUGCUAAUUUGCAUAUCAAACGGUUGAAUGAUAUUGGACAGUUGGUGACAUACCACAAUAAAACUGUUUAUUUUGUCAGCAGAUCAAAGCAUAGAAAAUUGCAUACUAUUUAUGCUCAUAUGACUCGUUUAAAUAGCCACAUCUGUACACGUGUACUCACAUACAGAUUAGAGUGUAUCUCUGGAAUAGAAUUGGAAUAAUACUGGUUAUACUGUAGAAUUUAUUUAUUUAUAUCGUUUAUUAUUUUUCAAUUUUUACAUUUGAGUUGGUCUCGAAAGAUUUACACAACGCCAUCAAGAAUUGUGAAAUGUUGAGCAAUUUUUUGUUUAUUUGCCUAAAACUAUUUCUAUUUCGGUUUGCUCUUUUUGUACUGCAUUGCUGCUCUUGAUGUACUCAAAUGUGCGUCCGUUUCGGUAGUGUGUUUGUAACAAUUGAUUGAAUUUCACCAAAACUGAGCGCAGUGCAGUCAGGUGGAUGCCCAAAAAAUUAAAAAAAAAAAUUGUAUUUUUUUUAUAAAUAACUCGAGUUAUUGAUCAAAAUUGGUGACUUCAAAUAAAAAUUCAUAACUCCAUAUUCAGGAGUUUUGGUAUUCCUCCUCGAUUUUUCGAAAUAACCGUCAAUUUUAGAUAACAACGUACUCAGAAACGAGGCUUUUCACGAGUUUAGCUGUAAGAAUUUUUCGAAAGCUAGUAGGCUAUCCCAAAUUACAAUGAUAUAGUCAAUAUUUUAAUAAAGCUAACUUUAAAUUUCAUAAAUGGUUCAGAUAUAAUAAAGUUUAUAAUCACUUUGCCUUGUUAUAACACUACGUUACGUUACUUCUCUGCUCGCUUUGCUUGACGAAACCUAAUUAUCUAGCUGAAUUCGGUGCUAUCCACAUAGCAAUUGUCUGUUCGAUUCACCACUUUUCAAAUGCUAACAAAUCAGAUACAAUAAAUGUGUUACAAGCGAAGGCCUGUAUACUGAAAAAGUCUAAAUCUAACAAAGAGGAAAGUUUUGAGAAUAAUCCGGUUUCGGUAGUUGUUUUUAAACCCUGGACCGAGUAUAUUAAGUUUGGCACGAAGUUUGUAACACCCAGAAGGCGUCGUCGGAGACCCUAUUAAGUAUAUAUAUAAAAUAUCAGUCUAACGAGCUGAUCUGAUUUAGUAAAGUCCGUCUGUCUGUAUGUACUCGAACUAAUCCCUCAGCUUUUGAGGUAUCGAUCGGAAAUUUCGCACAUAUCCUUUUCUCCCCAAGAAGCUGCUCAUUUGUCGGAAUGGUCGGUAUCGGACCAAUAUAGCAUAUAGCAAUACAAACUGCUCGAUUGGAAUCUAGUGCUUGUAUGGAAAAAUUUUCAUUUGACGAGGAAUCUUCACGAAGUUUGGCAUGGAUUAUUGUUUAAAGCGACGGUGUAAUCUCCAAAGAAAUUGUUCAGAUCGAGUGAGAUUUUGUAGAGUGAGUAAUGGAGUGCGUGCCGAUUUUCUUGUAUGUUUUUAUGUGCAAUUUUUGGCCGAUCGGAUAUAUUCCAUGCCACAAGCUCUGAUCGAGUAUUUGCGGUUUAGAAAUCUACUUAUUACAUAUUUCAAUUGGGGAAGCAAAUUGGUUUAUGUCUACAGAUCGGCAGUUGCAAAAUAAUUGUAAGUUUUCCUUUUGCUAAUCUUAAUAAAUAGCUUGCCAGUCAAAUACCCUUAUAUUUAUUUAUUAUUAUUAUUUAAAGAUGCAUAUAUUUAUUAUUCAGAUUUUAGUGAGAUGUUCAUCAACUAUAGAAUUUCUUUCUUUUUAUUUAAUUAAUAAUGUAAAUAACUUGGACUGUGCAUGUGUAUACAUACAUAUAGACAUCACGUUUGUACCAGACCCUAUAGGGAAUUUAAUCAAUCAAUAUAUAUGUCAAUAUACAAUAUAUAUACAUAUAAAUUUGAAUAAAAAAUAUAUGCAUCUAAAUAUAUAUUAUAUAACAGUGGAUCCGAUAUUUUAUUCAACAAAAAUAAGUAAUAAUAAUAGCUUCCCCUGAAUCAUCAAUCCUUAAAAAGUGGCGAAACGAACAAACAGUUGGCGUAAAUGAAACGGACUGGCCUAAUCAAAUUGAGAUAUCAUAGAAAUUACUCAUAUUAAAAGAAAAAAAUUAACUUCGGUUGCACCGAAGAAAGAAUACCCUUCACAAAUAAAAAAGUUUUCUAUACAAGAACAUGAUUUUGAUGGCAGCUAUAUGCUACAGUGGUCCAAUAUCGGCGGUUUCGACAAAUGAGCAGCUUUUUUGGAAGAAAAGGACUGCAAAUCAAUUUCUUUAAAACUAAGGGGUACAGCGUCUACCAAUAUUGAUGACGUGAUUUUGACAGCUCGAGGCGGCCAUGUUUGAUUACGAAUUUGUGUCAAAUUUUAUCACUGUGCUUAGUAAUGUUUGCCAUUUCAUCAGGUGACGUUUCACUUUGGUACAACAUUUGGAUAUUGUCCAAGAUUAUUAUGCGAAUUCGCGUUCUCCGAAAAAUUCACAUUCACCAAAAUUCACAUUCAUCAGAAAACGCAUUUGCAUCCCCAAAAAUUGACCGUUUAGGCCGGAUUGUGGUAUGCAUCAUCGGGUCAUUCCUUCGAAAUUAGGCAGGAAAUGCCGUUACCAUCAAUAGCGAGCAUUAUAGCACGAUGAUUUUUCUCCGGAAUUUGAUGAAAUCGACGCCGACGAUUUCUAUUUCCAACAAGACGGUGCGCCAUUUCAUUUUUCACGUCUAUACAUGAACACAUAGCGUGCAAGGUUUGGCAAAGGUUACAGCUUCAUUUAUAAAUUCGUAUUCUUUAUCGACAUUUUGCAUUUCCUACGGGGUCAUAUAGCAUCCCAUUUAGAUUUUCGUUAACUCUUAUUUGAAUUGAAUUUCAACAAAUUAUUUAUGUUCGCAAUUGUAAUACAAGUAGUUAUUCAUUGCAUCUGGCAGCAUGACAGACCAUCUGUUUACACAAACGUACACGCCUACAUGCUUCUUUCUAUGUAUAGGUAUUAAAGUGUAUUCCAUCAGUUGUUUGUGCAACCGACAUCACCUAAUUCCCGCCAAAUUCUACUUGUAUAUAAAUGUGUAUGUAUGUAUUAACAUAUUCUUUUAGGUUAUACAUUAGAAUUUGAGAAUUCACAAAAACAAAAAUAUUCAUAAAAAAUCUCUAAAAAUAAAUCAAUCUAAAUAGUAUUAAGAGGAAUUAUUUCAAAUAUGAAAAGCCGGCAAAGAGAAUAAAAUAAACAAGAAAGUAUUAGAAAAUUCGAAAUAUAUCUUAGUUAAAUAUUUAAUAUUUUUCAGUACUAAGCGAGUAAAUAAAUAAAUAUUGUACAUAUAAACCUACUAAAUAUAAUAUAAAUGAGCGUACAUAUGUACACACACACACAAAGAAACAGAAACAGAAACAGAAAAACAAAAUUACAUAGUGUGUACUGUUAUACAAAUUUAUCGAAAUACACAGUGUAAUUGUAUGAGAAAUAAAAUAUUUAUGACAAAGUUUGAAAUAAACGAAAACGCUGCUGACCUUUUUUUAAA